GACAGCGUUCCUCAUUCUGAGGACAACGUUCCUCAGUCUAAGGACAGCGUUCCUCACUCUGAGGACAGCGUUCCUCACUCUGAGGACAGCGUUCCUCACGCUGAGGACAGCGUUCCUCACCCUGAGGACAGCGUUCCUCACUCUGAGGACAGCGUUCCUCUCUCUGAGGACAGCGUUCCUCACUCUGAGGACAGGGUUCCUCACUCUGAGGACAGCGUUCCUCACUCUGAGGACAGCGUUCCUCACUCUGAGGACAGCGUUCCUAACUCUGAGGAAAGCGUUCCUCACUCUGAGGAAAGCGUUCUUCACUCUGAGGACAGCGUUCCUCACUCUGAGGACAGCGUUCCUCACUCUGAGGACAGCGUUCGUCACUCUGAGGUCAGCGUUCCUCACUCUGAGGUCAGCGUUCCUCACUCUGAGGACAGCGUUCCUCACUCUGAGGACAGCGUUCCUCAUUCUGAGGACAGCGUUCCUCACUCUGAGGACAGCGUUCAUCACUCUGAGGACAGCGUUCCUCACUCUGAGGACAGCGUUCCACACUCUAAGGACAGCGUUCCUCACUCUGAAGACAGCGUUCCUCGCUCUGAGGACGGCGUUCCUCACUCUGAGGACUGCGUUCCUCACACUAAGGACAGCCUUCCUCACUCUGUAGACAGCGUUCCUCACUCUGAGGUCGGCGUUCCUCAAUCUGAGGACAGCGUUCCUCACUCUGAGGACAGCGUUCCUCAUUCUGAGGACAGCGUUCCUCACUCGGAGGACAGCGUUCCUCACUCUGAGGACAGCGUUGCUUACUCUGAGGACGGCGUUCCUCACUCUGAGGACAGCGUUGCUUACUCUGAGGACGGCGUUCCUCACUCUGAGGACAGCAUUCCUCACUCUGAGGAAAGAGUUCCUCACUCUGAGGACAGCGUUCCUCACUCUGAGGACAGCGUUCCUCAAACUAAGGACAGCGUUCCUCACUCUGAGUACAGCGUUCCUCACUCUGAGGUCAGCGUUCCUCACCCUGAGGUCAGUGUUCCUCACUCUGAGAACAGCGUUCCUCACUCUGCGGAAAGCGUUCCUCACUCCGAGGUAGGCGUUCCUCACUCUGAGGACAGCGUUCCUCACUCUGAGGACAGCGUUCCUCACACUGAGAACAGCGUUCCUCACUCUGAGUAA